AUGACACAGUGGCCGCUAAUCCAACGAAAUGUUUAUACGUUGGCAUCUCUAAAUAGUCCAAUGAAUAAAACAAUUGAACCAAUUCAUGUUUUAACAACACAUAAUACAAAUACAUCAUCACGUAUCUCAACAACACCUAAUAUUUAUGAUGAUAGUUUAACAAAUCUUUCAUGGUUACAUGAUAUAAAUAUACUCAAACGAAGUAUACCAACCAUAAAUUCUUCAACAUCAUCAGCGUGUUCAUCAUCUUCAGGAAACACUACAAUUAGUAAUAAACGUAAAGAACAAUCGUUAUCUAAUACUUCUAUAUCUUCAUCAUCAUCAUCAUCAUCUAUCGGUGCUGUUUAUCCAAAUGAUAUUGAUAAUAAUAAUAAUGAUUUCUCAAUAAAUAAUGAUGAACAAUGGAGAAUGUAUAAAACAAAUCCCCAAGCAAAACCGGUUUAUUCCUAUUGUCAACUUAUACUAUUAGCAAUGCAACAUUCAGGUUAUGAAAAAAUGACAUUACAAAUGAUCUAUGAAUGGAUUUCAGAUAAUUUUCCUUAUUUUAAAAAAAUGGAACCUACUUGGCAGAAUUCUAUUCGACAUAAUUUAUCAUUAAACAAAUGUUUUAUUAAAGUUCCACGUAAUAAAAAAGAAACUGCUGGUAAAGGUGGAUAUUGGAAAUUAUCAUCUGAUUAUGAACGACAAUAUUUACAAAAUAAAUCUUUAAUAAAUAAUCAACAAGAACAAGAAAUUCAUUCAUCGCCACCAAAUAAACGUAUACGUUCAUCAAAACGAUCAACAAAUCAUAUUAGACAAUUAAAUAAUAUUAUUAAAUCUGAAACAUGGAUUGAUCCAAUUCUUCCAUGUAUUAAUACAACACAAAAUCAAUGUCAUGUAACAAAUAUUGAUCGUACUUAUGUUCGAAUGCCAAGUAGUUUUCUUUCUCCUAUAUCAUCACCAGAUUCUUUAACUGUUCCAUCAUUUAAUCAUCAUCAACAACAACAACAAAUUAAUGAUUUUUCAUCUGUUUUAUCUCCAUCACCAUCAAGUUCACCAUCAUCAAUAAUUUCUAAACAAAAUUUUAUUUCAACUAAAUUAGAUGAUACAGAUAUGCUUUUAUUAGAUUCAGUUACAUUUGAUUGGGACGCUUAUUUAUCUGAAACACCAAAUGAUAUUGAUUUAUCAACAAAAACUGAACAAGAUUUAUUUAAUGAUUUUAAUGCCGCAUUAACGGAUUUAACAUAUUCAGCUGAGACAGCAGCAGCCGGUGGAGAUACAAGUGCAUUUGAUGGUUUUGAUUAUCCAACAAAACAUUCAACAUUUACUUCAUUAUUUGAUGAUGAUAAUGAAGAACAACAAUAUCAACAAUCUCUUAAAAUCAAAGGUCGUGGAAUAAAACGACCAUCAUGGUGGCUUACAAAUGACACUAUAAUGACAACAAAAUUACCAUCACUAGAAACAGCUUUUGAUUUAAAACUAUCUAAGUAA